AUGAUAUCUUUUCCCUUUGUCUUCAGCCAACCGGAAGUUUACGUCCGUUUUCUUAUUGCUGGGGGUACUCAUAUCUUUCAGGUGAGCUUCAGUUGAUUCCGCUAUUAUCCUUUUUCCCUGUUAUAGGUUAACAAAUAAUAAUAAAUUCAUAUAAAGUGUACUCACUAUCUCUUUUCUCAUUGGCUGACAGACUAAAGUUAAUUGAUUUUGGAAAUCAGCGCAACCUACAGAUUAGUUAGUUAUCUGCUAUCAGAUUUUUGACUAAAGCUACGUGAAAACGGACGCAACAAGUCCCAACAUUGUUGCGCUAAACGUUUGAUCAAUUUCAAACUUUGCGCAACAGCUCGAUCCCAACAACACGACAGAACAUGCAACAGGGUGUGCAAACAUACGCAACAUGUAACAUCCAAAAAUGUUGCGCCCGUUUGCACGGGGCUUAAUCUGUAGGUUGCGCGCACAACGCUUAAUUUCUAAGAGCGAUGUCAAACUAUGUUCCAUGCGAUGCUGUCUUUGUCCUUAUUUUCUUCAAACCAAUGUCAGCCUAGGCCUUCGGCUUGGCUGAUAACACCUACCUUGACCUUGAUUAUUCCGGAUAUCACCAAAGCUCAUCCAAUAAUUGUUUAAGAUAGGUAAAGAAAUGAGAUUAAAUUCUUUCUCUUUCAGUACCAGCUUUACUAUCUGGGAGUGAGUUAUUCCCCUGACGGACGGGCAUCAAGCAAGUCAUCCAAUUUUGUGUGAAAAAAGUAUCUUUUUUAGGCCUUUUGUUAAGGUUACACUAUCUUUUAUUUAAUUUUCGUAUUUCGCAUCACACCAUUUUGUAAAGAUUAGCGAAUAGUUCUUUAUUUGUAGUCAUGCUAAAAUUCCACAUACAUAAUUCUUUGUACAUUAGCAUAGCUUUCCUCGCUCCAUAAAAGAAUUAUGUCAACUUAACUUGUAAAAAUGGCAUUUUUGAGUCUGGAUUUCGGCGUGGCAUAAUGGUUGGCAAGUUCAUAAACGACCCACCUUUUACUUUACAGAACUCUUUUCAGAAAUGUAAUAGAUCUAUUAGGGGAAGUCUAAGGUUCGUCAUUUUGCAUGGCUUUUGUCCCGGCUAAGAUUGCCCAGUUUUGAAAAACCUGUAGUUUCAGCUUUCGACGUUGGAUAUCUUAAGGACUUAAGACUGAAGCAGUUCCCUCUUAGACUUUUGUACAUUAUGCUUUUGUUUUGCCAUUUAAAUGCUCCUUCUUAAUGCUUCAUUUUUCCCAAUAAAAUGUUCGGUCCUCCUCAAAAAAGUUACUAAAAUGCUUGGCUUAUGUUCAUUGUACACAUUGUACAGAGGCUUUUUCUUUUAAAUGAUCCUAAUGUUUUAACGGUCAUGUUUAUUUUAUCUGGAAAAAAAUGUAUAUUUUUCAGGAAAAUGCCACUAUUAUGUUCGAAUAAUGUUUAAUGCUUUUGCCUUUCUAAAAUGCUCGAAAAAAUGUCAGGGAAAUGUACAAAAGCCUGGUCUCUCUGCAUCUGGCGACAUUGUUUUCUCUUACUUUUCUUUUCUUUUCUUUUUUUUUUUUUUACCGUGGUAGACGUUUUGCAACAAUGCAACUCAAUGUAAAUUUUCUAAGGAAAGAAGAAAUGCUUCCCACAAAUGAUUGAUAGCCUGCGAGUGACUAAUAAGCAACCUCGCCGGCCAUCUUAUACAGUGGAGCCUCGAUAUAACGAAGGGCCAGGGCACUGGUAUAAUUUGUUCGCCGUAACGAGGCCUAUUCGUUAUAUCGAGGUUAUUUUUCCGUAUAUUUUACCAUUACUAGGGUGAGAAAAAUUAUUCAUCAUACCAAGGACUUCGUUAUAUAGAGGUUUUACAGUAUAUCAGCGAUCAGUUUAUGUCAGAAAAUGUGUAACGAAUAAAUGUUGUUUGAUUAUUGAGUGUGAAAACUGUGUUUUGAUUUGUUUAGAAAUGAAUUAUCUAGAUCGGUUGUUCGUUUUGUGAAAGAGAGAUGCAGCAAGACGGCUAAAGCUGCAAUUGUCAUAGUUAACUUUAGUUGACAACAAAAAAAAAAUAUGGGUAAGGUUGACUUUCUAGUUGUGAAAAGUGAAUGCUCUCCAAAGUUUGGACACCUAUUUCCUUUCGUUAAACAGUACAGACUGCAAUGAAGCCACUUAUCCGAUCAGCUUAGCAACUGUCAUUUUGUUUUCAGUGUUUUGUUCUAAAGAAAACAAUAUGUGCAAACAUUUAUAGUGCAAAACAUCCCUUCAGCUUAGAUUACUUAGCUAGCUGGCCUAUAAAUUGUUAUCUCUUUGAUUUAAUAAAAUGUUUUGGAGUUUUGGUAAUUGAAUUGAAAGGAUGGUAUGGCUUACUGACACUGAUGUAAGUGCAAAGUUAUCAUAAAUCUGUUAUAUAGUUCAGUUCGUUGAAAAGGGAUAAUCGUUUUUCUUAGAGUUAGACUUUUAAAGUACGCUUAUCAACAUGAAUCAAGAUUCAAACGAAAUGUAAGACAAGGAACAAUUUUAAUUUGGACGAUAGAUCAUUAAUGGAUAGUUUACACUGAAGACAAUGAAGGUUGUUAUCCAGAGCAAUAAGUGUGCAUAUGCCGUUGAUGCUGAGUACAUAGAAACACAUUAAUGAAAUUAAACCAAUGCACUGACGGCCACUGUAAGGGAGCAAAUUAAGGUCAAGAGAAACCUCGCCUUAUUCUUGUUGAACUUGUUCAAACUCUGCAGUAUCGUUAAUUUUUCAUUGGAGUUCAAGGACUUAUCUCCACCACUUAAUUUGAAGACACAAUCUCGUAAAAGAGAAAGAAAAAGGAAAACAUUUUCAGAACAUGACUGAGGGAUCUAUGUUCAUGACAUUUGUCAGUCUGUUACUCGGUACGGUUUGUUGAUACGAAAAAAGUUCUUGCAGCAGAUAGUCUUCAUCAAAUAGCAAUUGUCAUCAGUUUGGUUGUAAUUUUGCUGGUUUUGGUAUGUUUUUAGGCAGAGGUUCGGUUUUCUCUUCUUCGCAAAAUGAGCGACAUCUCUAGUAGCGCAACCUCGUCCCCAAGACUUCUCAGUUUCAUAAGCCCCAUUUACGCCACAGAAAAAAAAAUGGGUCCGGACCCAUAGAAAAGUUGGUACGGACCAGAUAUUUUUGCCGCGUAAACUUUCCGUACCACGUUUUCAUGAAACGGAUCCGGACUCGAUUUUUUCUGGCUUUUUGGCCAUAGGCCGGACUAUGGCCCCAAAACCGAAAAAACAAAACGAGUCCGGACCCCUUUUGCUGUUCGAAAGCGCUGUUUAAACGCAUCUUCGUUCUGUACCAUGUUCUUCAUGUGAGACUGCCGUGCUUUACGGUGGUUUCGCGCAUGUGUACCAUUGCCCUUUUAAAUCAUGAGCCUAACCUGAUUGUUACCAGUGUAAACGGUUAAAAAAAUGGUCAAGACCACUUUUUAAUGGGUCCGGACCCUCAGCGCAACCUACAGAUUAGUUAGUUAUCUGCUAUCAGAUUUUUGACUAAAGCUACGUGAAAACGGACGCAACAAGUCCCAACAUUGUUGCGCUAAACGUUUGAUCAAUUUCAAACUUUGCGCAACAGCUCCCAACAACACGACACAACAUGCAACAGGGUGUGCAAACAUACGCAACAUGUAACCUCCAAAAAUGUUGCGUCCGUUUCCACGGGGCUUAAUCUGUAGGUUGCGCGCACAACGCUUAAUUUCUUAGAGCGAUGUCAAACUAUGUUCCAUGCCAUGCUGUCUUUGCCCUUAUUUUCUUCAAACCAAUGUCAGCUUAGGCCUCCCGCUUGGCUGAUAACACCUACCUUGACCUUGAUUAAUCCGGAUAUCACCAAAGCUCAUCCAAUAAUGGUUUAAGAUAGGUAAAGAAAUGAGAUUAAAUUCUUUCUCUUUCAGUACCAGCUUUACUAUCUGGGAGUGAGUCAUUCCCCUGACGGACGGGCAUCAAGCAAGUCAUCCAAUUUUGUGUGAAAAAAGUAUCUUUUUGAGGCCUUUUGUUAAGGUUACACUAUCCUUUAUGUAAUUUUCGUAUAUCGCAUCACACCAUUUUGUAAAGAUUAGCGAAUAGCUCUUUAUUUGUAGUCAUGCUAAAAUUCCACAUACAUAAUUCUUUGUACAUUAACAUAGUUUUCCUCGCUCCAUAAAAGAAUUAUGUCAACUUAACUUGUAAAAAUGGUAUUUUUAAGUCUGGAUUUCGGCGUGGCAUAAUGGUUGGCAAGUUCAUAAAGGACCCAUAUUUUACUUUACAGAACUCUUUUCAGAAAUGUAAUAGAUCUAUUAGAACUCUUUUCAGAAAUGUAAUAGAUCUAUUAGGGGAAGUGUAAGCUUCGUCAUUUUGCAUGGCUUUUGUUCCGGCUAAGAUUGCCCAGUUUUGAAAAAGCUCUUGUUUCAGCUUUCGACGUUUGGAUAUCUUAAGGACUUGAGACUGAAGCAGUUCCCUCUUAGGCUUUUGUACAUUAUGCUUUUGUUUUGCCAUUUAAAUGCUCCUUCUUAAUGCUUCAUUUUUCCCAAUAAAAUGUUCGGUCCUCCUCAAAAAAGUCACUAAAGUGCUUGGCUAAUGUUCUUUGUACAGAGGCUUUUUCUUUUAAAUGAUCCUAAUCUUUUAACGGUCAUGUUUAUUUUAUCUGGAAAAACAUGUAUAUUUGUCAGGAAAAUGCCACUAAGAUGCUCAAAUAAUGUUUAAUGCUUUUGCCUUUCUAAAAUGCUCGAAAAAAUGUACUAAAGCCUGGUCUCUCUGCAUCUGGCGACAUUGUUUUCUCUCACUUUUCUUUUCUUUUCUUUUCCUUUUUUUACCGUGGUAGACGUUUUGUAGCAAUGCAACUCAAUGUAAAUUUUCUAAGGAAAGAAGAAAUGCUCCCAAAAAUGAUUGAUAGCCUGCGAGUGACUAAUAGGCAACCUCGCCGGCCAUCUUAUACAGUGGAGCCUCGAUAUAACGAAGGGCCAGGGCACUAGUAUAAUUUGUUCGCCAUAACGAGGCCUAUUCGUUAUAUCGAGGUUAUUUUCCCGUAUAUUUUACCACUACUGGGGUGAGAAAAAUUAUUCAUCAUACCAAGGACUUCGUUAUAUAGAGGUUUUACAGUAUAUCAUCGAUCAGUUUAUGUCAGAAAAUGUGUAACGAAUAAAUGUUGUUUGAUUAUUGAGUGUGAAAACUGUGUUUUGAUUUGUUUAGAAAUGAAUUAUCUAGAUCGGUUGUUCGUGUUGUGAAAGAGAGAUGCAGCAAGACGGCUAAAGCUGCAAUUGUCAUAGUUAACUUUAGUUGACAACAACAACAAAAAAUAUGGGUAAGGUUGACUUUCUAGUCGUGAAAAGUGAAUGCUCUCCAAAGUUUGGACACCUAUUUCCUUUCGUUAAACAGUACAGACUGCAAUGAAGCCACUUAUCCGAUCAGCUUAGCAACUGUCAUUUUGUUUUCAGUGUUUUGGUCUAAAGAAAACAAUAUGUGCCAACAUUUAUAGUGCAAAACAUCCCUUCAGCUUAGAUUACUUAGCUAACUAGCCUAUAAAUUGUUAUCUCUUUGAUUUAAUAAAAUGUUUUGGAGUUUUGGUAAUUGAAUUGAAAGGAUGGUAUGGCUUACUGACACUGAUGUAAGUGCAAAGUUAUCAUAAAUCUGUUAUAUAGUUCAGUUCGUUGAAAAGGGAUAAUCGUUUUUCUUAGAGUUAGACUUUUAAAGUACGCUUAUCAACAUGUAUACAGAUUCAAACGAAAUGUAAGACAAGGAACAAUUCUAAUUUGGACGAUAGAUCAUUAACGGAUAGUUUACACUGAAGACAAUGAAGGUUGUUAUCCAGAGCAAUAAGUGUGCAUAUGGCGUUGAUGCGGAGUACAUAGAAACACAUUAAUGAAAUUAAACCAAUGCAUUGACGGCCACUGUAAGGGAGCAAAUUAAGGUCAAGAGAAGCCUCGCCUUAUUCUUGUUGAACCAGUUCAAACUCUGCAGUAUCGUUAAUUUUUCAUUGGAGUUCAAGGACUUAUCUCCACCACUUAAUUUGAAGACACAAUCUCGUAAAAGAGAAAGAAAAAGGAAAACAUUUUCAGAACAUGACUGAGGGAUCUAUGUUCAUGACAUUUGUCAGUCUGUUACUCGGUACGGUUUGUUGAUACGAAAAAAGUUCUCUUGCAGCAGAUAGUCUUCAUCAAAUAGCAAUUAUCAUCAGUUUGGUUGUAUUUUUGCUGGUUUUGUUAUGUUUUUAGGCAGAGGUUCGGUUUUCUCUUCUUCGCAAAAUGAGCGACAUCUCUAAUAGCGCAACCUCGUCCUCAAGACUUCUCAGCCUCAUAAGCCCCAUUUACACCACAGAAAAAAAAAUGGGUCCGGACCCAUAGAAAAGUUGGUACGGACCAGAUAUUUUUGCCGCGUAAACUUUCCGUACCACGUUUUCAUGAAACGGAUCCGGACUCGAUUUUUUCUGGCUUUUUGGCCAUAGGCCGGACUAUGGCCCCAAAACCGAAAAAAAAAAAAAAAACGAGUCCGGACACCUUUUGCUGUUCGAAAGCGCUGUUUAAACGCAUCUUCGUUCCGUACCAUGUUCUUCAUGUGAGACUGCCGUGCUUUACGGUGGUUUCGCGCAUGUGUACCAUUGCCCUUUUAAAUCAUGAGCCUAACCUGAUUGUUACCAGUGUAAACGGUUAAAAAAAUGGUCAAGACCACUUUUUAAUGGGUCCGGACCCGGUUUUUUCUGUAGUGUAAAUAGGACUUCAGUUCGCAUACACUUUUGCCGUUUUUUUUUUUACCUCGAUUCGCAAAUUCAGUACCUGACGCACUUCCUUGGCCAGCCCCACGUGUUCGCAUUACCGCGAUCUCCAGUAUCAAUUUGAAGAUAAAAUUACAUAGAA